UUAUGAACAGUCGUGGGCCAGCCAUGAAACCCGAGCCCAUCAUCAUGAUUCAUGAUAUUAAUUUACCCCCACAAAACAAAAUCAUACUCUGUUCGUCUUCUAGUGCUUGGAAGUUGGACCUUCAAAUCACGCCAAUGCCAUCCAAUUGGGUCGCUGAAUGUGUAGGACUGCAUUUCUGGCACCACGUCACACUUCACACUGCAGGCAGGACAGUAGGCAACAAUAGCCAGCCUCCUCAGCUUGCUUGCUCUCAGAGUCAGAACGUUGAUCCGAAAGGAAAUUUCUGGUCUGGACAGCCUCUCGUCACUUUUCAAAUCAACUUCCCUAUGUCCUACUAGUUAUUUGUUUCUCAGUCGUUGAUGCUUUGCCCAAUUUGCCAGCCCAUCCUCCGUGCCGUGUUGAUGGAAAACCCACUCAGGUUUGCUUAGCGUUUGUUUCAGAAACGCGAGAAAGAAAAGAGCAGCAGCAGCACAUGCAGCAAAGCUCUCAUUUUCCGUUUUCGGAAAGAUAUGCUUUGCUUUGGUUUUUGUUUGGUAGUAGGCAGUUACUAGGUUGGUGAAAGAAAGAAAGAAAUACUCCCAAUCUCUUCAUUUUCAGGCCGGAACGAAAAAAUAGCGCCAGAUAAAAUACAUGGCACCAGCAUGAAUUGACAAGUACGCCCUCCAACGAGCUGGGGUAAAUGAUUCUGUUUGAUCUGGUAAAAUCGUCAUUUCGCGCAUUCCUCUCUCUUCUCUAAACGCACCCUGCUCUGUUCUUACUUCUUAGGCACAGAGCACUGAGCAGAAUUAUGCAGGAGGCAGGAUCGUACCAUUCCCUUCUCAUCCCUUUUUGUCCCUUUCCGAUGACGACCCAGUUUUGAAUCCAUUUCCCCCAUCCAUUUUCAUCUUCUUCCCUCCUUCCAGCUUUCACAAAUCAAACGCAAUCAGGUACCAGUUUUCCAGCCUCGGCCUAGCCCUUCUUCUUGGUCCAUCCAUGGCGUCACUUAGCUGGUCGUUGUUGACCGCCCGUUAAGAUCGCUGCAUUUUCUGUUAUACCCACAAGCAUUUUCUGUCCGUCCAUAAUGUUCAAAUUGUUUUUAUGUAUUUUGUUGCAGCUGAUGGUUUUGGUUCAUUUCAUUGCUUCUGCUUUCUAUGGUGGGAAAACUAAAGAAUGCUGAAAUUUCCUUAUGACUUGGAGCUUACUACAUCUCUUGAUAUGACUAGUUUCUGUUUACUUCAGGGUUGGUUGACACUCUAGGUGAAGAAAAGGAGAUGGGUGGCCAUUCCCAUAUGAAUUGCUGGGAAGAUGCGUGCUACAGAGAAGCGAAGAAUCAGAAACUGGAAAUCGAAGACCCAGAUGCUGGUUGCCCUGGAUCAGAUGAUGGAUGGAACUCUGCAGCAAAACCCAACUCCGACCUUGUCCUGGAUCCAACUGACCAAGGGGAGAAGAUCGUCUUUCCAUGGAUGGGGCUGGUUGCAAACAUCAAAACUGUAGUUAAAAAUGGAAAACCGGUGGGUGAAAGUGGCUCAAAACUCAGGGACGAGUUCAUACGAAAAGGCUACAAUCCAAUGAGGGUGCAUGCUUUAUGGGACUGGAAAGGUCACUCAGGGUUCGCCAUUGUUGAGUUCAAGAAGAGCUGGGAAGGAUACAGGGACGCCCUCAAGUUUGACAAGGAUUUUGCGCUCAUGGGAUGUGGGAAGGCUGAUGAUUUCAGCUCUUUAGUGAAGCAUGAAGAGAGACUCUUUGGCUGGAUUGCUCGAGAUGAUGAGUAUCAAUCCACUGAUGUUAUUGGGGCCUACCUCAGAAAGAAAACGGACUUAAAGAGCCUCUCAGACAUUGUAGCAGAUGGUGAAAGGAAGGAUUCAAAACUUGUGUCCUCCCUACAAGACGAGCUGACCGUUAAGCAUGGGCACCUUAUGGAGAUGGAGACCAAGUAUAAAGAAGCUUCGGUGUCGAUCAUUGAGUUGGUUUCUCAAAAGGAUGCUAUGAUUGUGUCAUACAAUGAAGAGAUCAGGAAGAUGCAGCAAAUUGUGCAUAAUGAUUUCAACAAGAUACUUGUGGAGCACCAGAGAGCUAAGCACGAAUUGGAAGCUCGAAGAACAGAAUUGGAGCAGAGUGAGAAGCAGUUGCGAGAGAGGGAGGCUCAUAAUGAAAAUGAGAUAAAGAAACUCCAUCAACAGAAAGAAAUGAACAAGAGAGCAAUCUUGGAGCAGAGGAAUGCAGAUGAACAAUUGUUCAACUUGGCACAAGAACAUCAGAGGGCCAAGGAGGCUUUGCACAAGAAAGUUAUCGAGUUGCAAACCCAACUUGAUGCUAAACAAGCGCUGGAGCUAGAGAUUGAACAGAGGAAAGGUGCAUUACAGGUUCUGGAACACUUGGAAGAAGGUGAAAGCCCUGAAAUCCGUGAGAUGAAGGAAAAGCUGGAGGAGAAGGAAGACGAGCUGGAAUACUUGUUUGCCCUGAAUCAAACUCUUAUGACCAAGAACGAAAAGGUUGAGCAAGAACUUGGGGCAGGUCGCAAGGAGUUGAUCAACGGGUUUCAGGGCAUGGUAGCUGCUGGAAGAGCGACCAUUGGUCUCAGGAAAGCGCUGAGAGGGAAGAGCAAGUUGUCAACGGAAGAAGCAGAGCUCUGGCACUUGAAGGAGGACAGAGAGGCAACAGUGGUGGAGGGAGUUGAGUACAUCUUGAGAAUCUGGAAGCGGCUUAAAUAGGAAAGGAAGAUCUGGCACUGGCAGAGCAUAUAGGAACUAUAGAAAGUAAUGGCUUCGAGGAAUCAAUACAGGUGGUAAGUAACUAGUUAGACGUAAUCCAUUUUGAAUCAAUACAGGUGGAAUGGAAUAUCCAUAUACAGGAUAUAGGAACUACAGAAAGUAAUGGGUUCUAGGAUCCUUGCUCGAACGUUUUUUGGUUUCAGACUUGACAGGGUUAUGACUUAUGAGAAGCAAACUCUAUGAGAAUUGACAAGGUUAUGAGAAAGCAAACUCUGCUGGUAGUGUGGCUACUAUUUAGGGGUCGUUUGGAGAACAAGAUUUGGAUCGUGGAUUUAUUGAAUCCAUAGAUUUAGCAAAAUGUUAUGUUUUUUUGCUACUUUUUGUAUCGUGGAUUGUAACUUUAGAGAUUGUAAAUCCAUAAAAUCUAGAGAUAUCCAAUCUCUCAUAAUUAGAGAGAUUCUACAUCUUGAUUUUGGAGAUUUUCUCCCUCCUAUUAUAUCUCUUGUUUUUUUUUUCAUUUAUCCCAUUAAAUACCCUUACCAAUAAAUUCUCAAUAUUUUUCGAGCCAAUCUAAUUAUUUUGGUUAAGGAUAAACAUGUUAUGUGAUUAAAAAAAUAGAAUUUCUUUUUUCAUUGGAUGUUAACAAUCAUAGUUACCAAACAAUGAACAUUUUCAAAUCUUUUUUCAACAAUCCAGAGAGUUAAAAUCUUUGGAUUGUCUAGAAUCUAGAGAUUUAGACUCCAAUUCUCCAAACGAGCCCUUAGUAUUUACUAUUUACUUAAACAUGGAACAGAAUUGAGUUGCAGUGUUGGACUGUAUUCUGGACUAAGAUAUUUGUUGAUGAAUCAUGUUUCUAGUUUUAUCUCUCGGGGCUCCCUGAUUAAUGAUUAUUUUGCUUCUCUACAAGUAUUUCAAGUUUUAGUUUGAUUGAGGAAGAUUUUGAUAGUCAGAAGACUGUCCAUUUGCUAUGGACUUUUAGUACAAGUGUCAUCUUUUUUUAAAAAAUCUACUUGAUAGUUGGAUAUUGUUUUUUUACUAGUUAGCGCUUAAUUGAUAAUCGAUAAUUUUUUAGUGAUUCGGUUUUGAAUAUUUGUAUUUGUUUUUUUUAAGAAUGUAUUUUGCUCAAUAGAUAGCUUAUUAGUUGGCAGGUGGUCGCCUUGAUCUCUGUUCGUUUUUUAUAAUAAUACGGAAACUAAUUCAACGAAAAAAAUUAAAUUAGCGAUAACUACUUAUUAGUAUAACCACAAAAUUUUAGGCUUUGACUAAGGGAAAAAGUUCCAAUAUUCAAAAUUAACCAAAGUCUCAUGUGAAAAAUGUAGUUAAGUUGUUUGAAUUAUAUAUCUGAUUAUAUGUCAACUUAUAAACUAAUUAGUUUACAUUUCCCUUGAUAGUGAAUGGUGUACAUCAUAUAAAAAUGGAACUCUAAA